GCAGUAGCUUUCGCUUCCCUACCCGCCAUUUUUAAAAAGACCCUGCGGAGCUCCAUUGCUUUCUUCAAUCUAGCAGAGACGGGCAGCAUGAAGGUCUCAUCAUGGACUGUUGGAAGGGGGAGAAAUUGUGCUUUACAAUGGUAUUCAUAUUACAGUUGACCUGGAAGUAUUACGUUUUUGGGGUCAAAUGUACGGAACAGCGCGAUGUACAAAAGUGCGUUAACUACCAUUAAUGUUCUGUAAUAACGUUAGUUACUUGGAAGUCUCAGAAAGGCGAGAUCAACCAGUCCCAGAGUAACCAGUUCAACAUGCACGUGGAGUACGAGUGGUGGCUGCAUCAGUAUGAUCUAUAAGAGAGUGACGACGACCUGGACAACAAGACGGGCCCAGUGAAGAAGGACCAAUCCUCUUGGCCCUUCAGUCUGUACCAGCUCCUCCCACCCUGGACCGAUGAGGAGAUGGACUCUUCAGUGUUGGUCGCAGGCUGGCCCUGGUCCGCGAUCACAAGCGGGAGAUUAUGGGGUACCAUCAAAUUCAAGAGUCUAUGGUGGUCCAGAGUCAUCUUUCAGAAGUGUGUCUCAGGGUCUCCAAAAUACUCUGUCACUGCCCUCAACUCCCUAUCUGAACUGCCAGAGAGAGGAUUCCGCGCAGAUGGAGCAAGCAACUCGUCCCACUUUGUCUAUCAGAUGCAUCAGCCCAGCAGCAGACACCCUCCCCUAAACUUCCCCACAUCUCCUCACACCUUCAUCCUGGAGUCCAAUAGGGCCUCUUCCCACUAUGGCAACCCCCCGCACCCUCUGCCCAGGAGAGCGCUGCCCAAGCCAAAAGUGAGGCGGGUCCAAGCCAUCUACGACUGUGUGGCUGACCACCAUGAUGAGCUCACCUUCAACGAGGGCGAGAUAAUGGUUGUGCUGGAGGAGGACGAUGCUGAUUGGUGGGAAGCAUGGAUACGUUGAGGGCCAGCCAAACAAGAAAGGCCUGUUCCCUUCAUCUUUCGUCCAUGUGUUGUCUUACUGACACAAGCCAAAAGAGGAGGGACAUGUUCUGUAAGGCAACCUGCUUAAUGUUUUGCAUUAAGAACAAUGUCUGUGGUUGUUGCACAUACUGUUGCCUGGAACAGCCUUUGUAACAAGUCAAGUUUUGCCCAAAGAUAUUGCAUCAAAUUACACUGCCAGUCAAAGGGGUCACUGUAUUUACGUACACAAGCAUUUCACAUGUUAUAAUAACUUAGGCCAGGAUUCAAUCCGUUUCAGAAUUAAAAAGGGAGGCGGUGUGGUGAUUGUUCAUUAUGCUUUUAUUUAUUAAUUUUUUAAAGACACCAAAGCUUGAUCAUAGUCAAUCACACACACGUACUCAUACAUUUUUAUUUUUUUAUUUUACCUUUAUUUAACUAGGCAAGUCAGUUAAGAACAAAUUCUUAUUUACAAUGA